AUGACUUUAACACCAACGCAGCGAAAAAAUCUGGUUCCGUUGGUUCUCUUUUUGGCAAAUUUAGUUUUUCUAUUCAUUGGAGGAUUAAUCUUCGAAUCUAUAGAAUACAAGCCGAGAAAGGAACACAGUACAAGCGACGAUGUUGCUUUGUUCUUGCAAACUUUGAAGAAAACUUCGCAAGGAAAACAGAUCUUACCGGAACAUUUAGACAUCAAAGAGGCCGUGGAAGGGCUCAAAUCUGAUUCUCUGGAAAAAAUUGAUGCAAAGUUUGACGAAAUAAGAAAGAGGAGAACAGCUGCCUCGAAACCUAGCUGGAGCUUUUCGAAUUCCUUGUUUUUUGCGACAACCGUUGUGACCACAAUAGGUAAGGCCGUCUUAAAUGUUUAUGUCUGCUUUCAUGCUUAUCUCGGAUAUAAUUUCUGUAACUUUUUAGCCAACUAUUGUAAUGAAACCUUUAUAUUUUCAUGAAGGUGAUUUAGCGAGUUCAUAAAGAGUUGCUGAUUAUUUUAAUCAGUUGUAUAGGAGCCUUGAUUCGUGUAAUAGUCAAAGGUCCGCUACGAGGUCCAUAACAUUUGCUUUCGAAACUCAACUUUCUCGAUGCCGAUUUUCUAUCGCCAUUUGAUUUGGCCAACAAGAUCAAUUCAGCCUUCUUAGAGCUCAUGCAAUGUUUCCUGCCUCUCAAAUUUCUUCCUCCCCUUGUCGGCCCUGAAUCUGAAUUUUAGUCCAGUUUCGGUCUACCGGUCUGAUUUUUGUGUUGUCAACUAUGCUAACAUCUUAGGGUCAGUAACUAUAAUAUAUAGAUUUAGCCAGGGCUAAAAGCGAAGCUCUGGUUAAUAAUACGUGAAAAGAAAAAAAAAUUUAAUCGUGUAAUGCUAAACGGGGACGACAAUGAAAAUGGCUUCAAGACUAAUAGAUCUAAUUAGCAAAAAAAAAACAAAAUUGCACGUGCAGCACACUUUUUCUUCUAAUUUGCAAAAAACAAAUUUGCACGUGAGCACGCUUUUUUGUGUUUCCCUUGCCGUUGUUUUGCACGGCUACAACGCUGAUUUGUACGACUAAAACGUCCAACUUCCUAGCUAAACAUUAUUUUUAUGGAGGAAUUGUCUUAUGUGCUAGUACCCAACAUUUUGUAUGCUGUGUUCAUGUUCGCUCUUAUUUUUCACUGCCGCUCAUUUUCAGCUUGCUGGCCGCUAGCAUUUCUCAUUUUCUCACCGCCGCUUUGAAUUUCAAUGUUUUUCUUCCUACGAAAUUCGUCUCCUUUGUUUUCAAUAGCUCGCUCUCGCUGUUCCUCUGUUAUCCACGUUAGUGUAAACAUUAAAAAUAACGCCGAAAAAGACACGACUUUGUUGUUGUCGGGGCGGCCAUGUGAUUUCAGUUCCAAAUAAAACCUUGAAUUGCAUUUGGGUUGCCAUACCUAUUGAUUGAGUUAUUUUACAUUGGUAUGCCUGUGGUGCGGACGGACCGUCGGGCUGUCAGUCGGUGUACGGUCACGUGAUUACCAAAUUUUCUCGGAUGGGUAGAUUACCACAUUUCCUUAGCUAUGGCGCUCCGCCCAUGCGCGGCGCUUCGCGUGGAGCUCCGCUAUCAAGGAUCUUAGCUGGAACGCGUGUUCUUCCUUACUGACUUAUUCUACUCCUUCGCGCGGUAUUCCACCUGAGGAAAUAAUUGUGAAUUUUUAUUGUCCGUGCGUUUGGUCCAUCCUUGAAUACUGUUUGCCGGUUUUUCAACGUGCGUUAUCUUAUGAUAACCCCAGGAGGACAUUGAGAGGGCUCAGAACAGGACUCUCCAUAUUAUCACUCCUGAGUGCACCCAUGAGGACAACCUCAGUCGCUUCAACCUCUCCAGCCUGGGCAUUAGGAGAGACGCAGCUUGCUCUAAGGGACGGACCAUUGUGUUUUUGAAGGGGGUUGGAAAAUUUUUACAUGCAAACAUAUUUUUUAAACGGCUCGCUGCUGCAAACAAUUUUUAAUGGUCCGUCCCUUAGCUAUCUAAUGUACAUGUACAUUCCAUCUCACAGGCUUCUCCAUCUAGUCCCCCAAAUACACGAACACAAAAAAAUUACCUCAGGCGGCCAAGUACCUUUAAUGUUCCUAUUUGUAGUACCAAUCGUUUCAGACAAUCCUUUUUACCUUCUUCUAUGAUAAAUUUUUAAUGAAUUGAAUAUGAGUUGUAUGAUAUGUUAAUGAUAUUUCAUUUUUAGACUUUUUUUUCGUGGUGGUUUCAUUUGCAACAUACGCGUAUAGCCGUCGCCUUUGCCUGGUGGAAUCUUUUAUUGUUUUUAAGCCUAACAAUUCAAUUCUUGGUUGCUGUUUAAUUAUUUGUUAAUAAUCUAUCUAUAGCUAUCUAUCUUCCCCGAGUCCAUACACCUUGAUAGUUCAAGGUGCAAUUCAGAAAACCGACACAUACGGACAGAUAACUAGACUAUUCAUCUUACAACGAGACCGCUCAUAAAACCACAACUAUAGAGUCUCUGAACAUGACACAUUUUCUUUAUUGACUAGGUUACGGAAAUCUGGCCCCGGUUACAGCAGGCGGUCGCUUAUUCUGCGUUUUAUAUGCUCUCACUGGAAUACCGCUGACCCUGAUGUUAUUAGCAGUGGUAGGACACCAUAUCGUCCAUUACCUAAACGGGGCAUGCGCGUGGCUGGUUAAGUAUAUACGACGGUACUCCCGCUCUGAUUACGAGUUCGAGUCCGCUGACGCACAAAUCAACGCCCCCGUCUGGGUCGCCUUGCCGAUUAUUUUUAUCUUUCUCGCGUUCAUGUCAUCCCUAUACUGCGCUCUCGAAGGAUGGGAUUUUGGAACCGCGUUAUAUUUCAUUUUCAUUACCUUUACCACUAUUGGAUUCGGAGACAUUGUGCCUAAAUCUGCAGCGGUAAGUUGUCAAUCUCUUUGCUGGAUCAACUUAGGUUUCUAGAAAACUGCCCACCUACCCCUCCCCUAACCCAACAUUUUGCUCUAAGUGAGAAGUAAGUGUUAAUGCUGACUUAGGGGAGGGGUAGGUGGGUAGUUUUCCAGAAACCUAAACCUUUGCUUAGGGUUCUGAACGUAUGUGAAUCUAUAACGGCGCCAGCCUUGUUCUUUGGAUGCUACGUCAUCUUUCCGAUGAUGACGUAGCUGGGGAAAAAGGUCCCUGGGGGGACGAGUUUGCUCUAUGAAGUUUCUGAAAAUGAAGUACAUGAAGAAAUCUCAGUGAUCCGCGUUCUUAUUUUUAUGUCAUAAUUCGUCUGUCAACUUUUCUAUUGUUCAACUCUUUAUCUUUUGCAUCUUUUAUUUUUUUCGCGUAAUGCUAACUAUCUCUUCACAAUUGAAGAUUCUUUCCCAGGACAACCAUAAGAAUGGCACAACGCUUUCAUUAUCAUGCCCUUAUAACACUACCAUCCUCAGUUAACUCCUAUUCAAGGAGGCUAUUCAUUGCCUUACCUCAAGUCUUCAUUGCAGUUAAUGGUGAAGUUUGCUUGCACAAUGCCAUGAUUCAAGGCGAAAUGUUUCUCCUUAUUAGGUCUGUGGGUGAUGUCGUCUUUCUCGUACAUUGUUGGACGCCUCAACUGAAUGUCUGUUUCUACAGCGCUGCGCCUGCGUGACAGGCGUCGAAAGGGGUGGAAGAGAGAAAGGAAAGGAAAAAGUCGGGGAAAUUUCAGUUCCCGGGAGGGGGAGUACCUACGUCGGCCUGUACGGGGAGGUCCCGCCCGAAAGGGGUAUCUUUUUCAGGCUUCAGGUAUAUGAAAGGGUAGGGAAAUCUGUCAUUUGGGUCUGCGAAAGUACCCCAAAGGGCUAACAGAUGAAUUUUAUGGCUUUAUAAAUUCGAAGAAUCCUUUUUUUUCGUGAUUGAUUCUUAUUUAAAAGACAGUGUAUUUACAGCAGUUAAAAGGGAUGCAAAGUUCUAAACAAGGUAUGUCAAAGGGUUACUAUUUGGUAUUAGAAGGUAUACGAAAGGGGCACCUUUUUCGUGAAAAAUGGUAUAUAAAAGGGUAAGGGGUUGGAUCUCGAGGCGGAGCCUCCCCUUAUAAACAUUUGUUGAGUACUCCCCCAGGUUCUAGUUUCAUUCUCUUUAUAGUUCCAACUUGCUAAUUCUCUUGAUUGCCAUCUUUGGACUUCUCUUCGACACUGCAUAGCUGACUCUGCAGCUAUUCUUUCCACUGAUUAAAUCGUUACUAAAGGUCUUUAAGAUGUUAUUUUCUACCAACAGCUUACUUUGCAGAAGAAUUCUCUUGAAAUGAAACUCUUGGAUAUUGCUGUGCCACCCAUAUAUCUGAUAUAUUUUUGUUGGCAUUUUAACCAGCUUUGACAAAUGGACACUUUGCAUUUCUUCCUCUUUAUUCAUUCUAUCUCUUCUAUAACUUUAAGCUACUUUAUCUUGGUCAUUGAGGAAAGGAGAAACCUUCACUACACUACUUAGCUAAUGUAAUUCUCAAUAUAAACUCCAGUAGCUCGUGGGAGCAAGCUCUCAGGGUCCGGGUGGGGAAAAAGCGAGAUCUUCAAUUUACCUCUCGACUACCCCACCCACACCUCAAGGUCUUGCUCGCUAAAUCUCGUACUCAGUUCUCCAAAGAUUAAGACAGAAUGAGGCUAAAUAGCCCAUUUCCGACUUCCAAAAACUGUCACUUUCAAAACGAGGCUAAGUGCGAAACCUUUCUUGGUCUUCUUGUAAUAAUGGCUUUUAUUUGCAUAAGAAUUAAAAUGAUUUUGUCGACGGCUUUAUUGCAGUUAGCUUAGUUUUGAAACAGAGGCCAGUUUGGGCAACUUGGAAAUGGCCUAUUUCAAGUAACGAAUGAAAAACUGAAAAAAUCAAUUUUUCUGUGGUUUGUUUUGCAACAGAAAACAGUUUUAACUAAAGGAGGGCAAAGCGCAUCGGCGAACGUAACUGCAAUCCGGGGGAAGGGAAAAUUUAGUCAGAAUUCAGUUGGCAAGGGACUAGGGGGAGGAGAUACGAUCAAUGAUUUAUCCGGCGUAGUUUGGGGGUAGAUUUAGCGCAAGCGCAGUACAUAAUACGCAGUUUUUACCGCAUCUCUAAAUUUACUCUGAAAUUGAAAUUGAAAUCUACUCUGGACAAGAGAGGAUUCAAUUUGUCCAUAAGUGGAGUGACCGCUGAUUAGUGGUACUUAUUCUGAGGCGUGCGUGGUCGUUCUUGAAUGGCUUGUGGCUUUUUCGUCCGAGAAUUGUACCAUUUUGGGCCUUGUGAGUCUGCGAGGAGUCUUCGUUACUGUUUUUAACCACUGCUGUUAAUUGGUCCAAUAGGCAUAAGUUUGUCUCUCUAGCGGUAUAGUUAGUGAUAUAUUCUAUAUGAAAGGAAUAAAUUGUCGAAAAAAUGGUCAAAGCUUUUAGCAUCCUAUCUCAAAUUGUGAUCUUUCCAGUACAUGGUUGUCGCUGCCCUUUACAUAAGCCGAUUUGCAGGCUACUUCUUAUGUUAGCACAGAGAAAAACUUGGAAGUAGUGGAAGUAACAUUGAUCAAAAAGUCGAUAUUGAAGUGUGACCAUGGUAUUCGAAAAUUCCUAUCGUGGUAUUUUUUAGCUUUUACACUGAGGUAUUUUAAUAGACUGCAUGUGCAUGAGGAUAACUGCAUGAAUUUUGUUUUCUUCUCUCCUCAAUGUCCCGCCGAACAGCUUGCAUUGAUAUUUCAGGGUAUCUGGAUAAACCUGAUGCUACUGUACGUUGGCCUAUCUGUGGUCUCCAUAACAAUCAACCUCUGCGCGCAAAGCCUCGUAGCUCAAUUAAAAAAGACUGGGCUCUACUUGAAGAUCAUAGAGCUCUUCUCAUCGCAUGGGGACUCGGUCGAAAAAAACAGUGCGCGUGCGCAAGGAGAGGAAACGGCAGACGUCGAAGAUCACUGUCGCGGUCAAGGAGAGAGUAUUGCAAUGUCGGACCUCGAGGAAAGACGGAAAACUGAUAUUGAAGAAGAUCAUCAAGCUGCCAAAUUAAAGAUCGUUCGUGAUGCUGACGGAAAAAGUUACGGAACGUUAAAUGAAUAG